AUGAACCCUCUCCGUCACGACUUUAUCCGCUCGUGCUUGCAAAGGUCUUCCUCGGACACCUUUGAGCACGAUACCGAGAAUGAGAGCGAGAAGAGAUAUUCAUAUCUGGACGUUGGCUGUGGCGGAGGCAUCUUUGCCUCUUCCGCCGCUCGCCUCCCCACGACUUCGCGCGUAACAGCCAUCGACCCAACGGCUAAUGUCAUACAGAUCGCAAAGGAGAAUCAGCGGUCCGACCCUAGCCUCGCCGCUCCAGGGAAGCUCGAGUAUCUCAACUGCGCGAUCGAAGACCUCCCCGCACCAGCCAAUGACGAAGCAAAAUACGAUGUAUUGACCCUAUUCGAGGUUCUCGAACACAUCGACUCGCCCUCGUCCUUUCUCGAAAUCGCCAUCCCCCACCUGAAACCGGGCGGGUGGCUCAUCGGAUCGACCAUCUCGCGCUCGCCCAUCGCCUACCUCACGACGAAACUCAUCGCCGAAGCACCCUUGAUAGGCGUGGUGCCGCGCGGCACACACGACUGGAACAAGUACAUCAACCCGCCGGAGCUGAAGGGAUAUCUCGAGUCCGGAAGGGCACCGGGACGGUGGGGAGAAUUCGUCACACAGGGGGUCGUCUACGUCCCCGCUCUGGGAUGGCGGUUUAUCCAGGGCAGCGAGGAGUUUGGGAAUUAUUUUUUCGGGGUGCAGAAGCUGGAAUGA